AUGGGAGAUUUGGAUUUGUCGGGGGCGGUCCUACAUGCCGAGGAGCCUCUUCCAGUCGAAUACGCGCGACGGGGUGCUGUUGCACCGCUUGCGGCGCACGGUCUUCGAGGAACGCAGGAGCUGGCCCACGUCCUCGUACAUCAGGUGCACGUCCCGCGGCGCGUGCGAUGUGGUGAACAGCGCAAAUGGGUUGGCAGGCGUCGCGCUUUGGAAGAGGGUGAGGGACGCAUUGUGGGACAUUAUGCGGACGUGUGCGGGUAUGCUGUCGUCGACGUCGGUGGUGGUGGAGAUGGGGGAUGCAGGUGGGACGGGCGAGUCGUCGCAGACGACAGGCGAAUACAGAGGACAGGUCCUUGGGCUGUCCAGGACACGGAAACACGGCUUAAAUAG